GAGGCCAGAUAUAGUGAAUGCAGGGUCCGGGGAGAGCGGAUAUAGUGAAUGCAGGGUCCGGGGAGAGCGGAUAUAGUGAAUGCAGGGUCCGGGGAGAGCAGAUAUAGUGAAUGCAGGGUCCGGGGAGAGCGGAUAUAGUGAAUGCAGGGUCCGGGGAGAGCAGAUAUAGUGAAUGCAGGGUCCGGGGAGAGCAGAUAUAGUGAAUGCGGGGUCCAGGGAGACCAGAUAUAGUGAAUGCGGGGUCCGGGGAGAGCAGAUAUAGUGAAUGCGGGGUUCGGGGAGAGCGGAUAUAGUGAAUGCUGGGGUCCAGGGAGAGCGGAUAUAGUGAAUGCAGGGUCCAGGGAGAGCGGAUAUAGUGAAUGCGGGGUCCGGGGAGAGCGGAUAUAUAGUGAAUGCGGGGUCCGGGGAGAGCAGAUAUAGUGAAUGCGGGGUUCGGGGAGAGCGGA